UACGGACCCUCCGCCAGUAGCUAGGUAACGUUAAAAGUAACCAUAAGGCAACCAUGCCGUUCCAUUUAUUGUUUUUAUAACCAAUGCCUUCGGGGGCUUGAGGGCCGGGAACAUAAGCAGUGGUCGAGAUGAGCUCGCCCAAACUCAACGAACGAUGUCCGAGCACUAUGAGCAAUGGGAAAAAACUCCUCAGCAACGACUCCAAGGAAGACUCCUUAGACAAUUCCAUAAGAGAGUCAAUAAAAUCAGAGAGACCGGGCAAAAAUGAGGAAGAUUGGCGAAGGCGCACCAUCAUUAUUGAAAAGAAGAAUGGCAGUUACGGGUUCACGCUGCAAAGUUACGGGAUUCAUUAUAAAAAGGAACAAGAAAUCGAAGUAAUCACUUACGUGGACCACGUCGAGGGCGAUGGGCCAGCAGCAGCGGCUGGCAUGCGAGAGGGUGACGUCAUCCUGUCCAUCAACGGGACGGAUGUGGAACGAGCCGACCACGCCGCCAUCGUCGACGCCAUCAACAACUGUGACUCCAGAAUGCGCAUGGUCGUCAUCUUCGAAGACUGUGUGAGGAAAGUGGAGCUCCAUCUUAAAUACAUUAAUCUCCAGCGAACACUGCAAUCCAAAAUGAGAGAACUGGAACAACUCACAGUUCGAGAACGGCAAAUGUUUGAUUGUAACUGGAAAACGCACAGCCUUCCCUCCCAAAAGAAGAAAACUUCUCCAUCCGAUGUAAUUUCAGACAACGAGGAAAAUAACAUUGGAGAAAAUAUGAACAAUGCAUAUUGUAGGCCAACACUAUCGAGUGAAAAUGUGACAGCCGCUAAACCCCCUCAACCCAGCGUAUUCAUGUACCAAUAUUUAGAUCCACGUUAUGGCGCGUGUCUCAUACAACCCAACUUGCGCACAGGGAGCUUUGUUAUUACUGUUGGCUCCCCAAGGAAUAGGCGAGAAUGCCACCACUAUGUUGUGAAGACUCCCGGCCAGGAAUGCCAUAGAGCUUCAGAGAAUUAUAAAAUUGGCAGUGGGAAACACAAUAAAGUUCACAGAAGUAGCCAUAGCCAUGGCUGUGCCCCAUGCAUGCCUGCUUAUAAUAAUCAAGACGCAAAUAGCCUCGAAGCUUACGACCUUGCCAGCCCCUGCUGCGAUCCACAUUGUGUGCCCAAUACCAGAAAGAAAAUGCGAAGAAAGAGAGAAUGUUCUAAAGAACACAAGAGAAAGGAAAAAUGCCAACAAGUCGAUAAAUCAACUCAAAAACCGGACAGCGGGUCACACAUGCGACCCAAGAAAGUUUGUCAGUCAGGACAUUGCUCUAAUCGCUAUCGUUACUUGACAACGGAAUCUACACAAACUAGCCAGUGCAGCCUGCAGUCGUACGCAACAAGUAACGCUACGGCGGCGUGCGAUAAUUCAGCUUCUAGUUACAGUACUUCUCUGAGCAGUGAUACUCUUUUUUGGGAUAAUGACAGGGGAGAAGCCAAGUCGUCACCCAAAAUCCAAUAUCAAAGCAGCCAUCAACACGUAAAACCAAAGUCCUGGGAUAAUUUAACGACUAAGGCGUUUGGCGGUUAUGGAUUCGGAUACGGCUAUUUGGAUACCACAACGAAACAAUCUAAUCGAUCUAAGAGUCACGGACGAAACCACAGCAGCCGUAGCACACAAAGUCACCAUGAAUAUCAGCAUGCACACUCCCAAGAGAAGCAUUCACAUCGUCAAAGUGCACCGCACCACUGCUCGGUGUACUCUAGGAGUCAUAGCCACUGUCCUCCAACCAAGUCAACUGAGAGCCUCAUCAUGGUUCCUAAAUAUCAGCUGGAGAGUAGCGGAUCUGAGAGCAGACUGGCGUGUGACUGCGUCGAGUCUAUUGACUACUACCGCCGAGUGAGCACCAGUAAGAGUCCCGCAGAGCAGCACUCCGCGGCUUACUACACGCAGCAUUUCAUCUAUCCGACGCAUUCCUAUAAAAAGAAAGAUCCCAAUAUAAGUUCGGAAAUUACAAGACUUUAAAAGAGUGAGAUUUAGGAAACAAUAGGUACCUACUGUAAUCGUAACCAUCACUGCUCAACAAUACCUAACGUUAACUUAUAGCCGAAGUCAUUUUAAUGUAGAUGUUAAAUUGUAAUUUUAUCAAAUACGCCAUUAACUGCUUUUUACCUAAUGACAUAGUGUUUUUAUAAUAAAUGAUA